GCACGAAAGAAAAAACAGAGAGCGCAUUUUUAGACCGACCGCUCACAAGUCUAAUUUAAUCUCGUGCCUCCAUUAAAUAACAAGUAAUUGUUUUUUGCGAUUGAAUUCAUGAAAAUCUUUGAGCAGAAACAUAGAACGUGCAAAGUUCCUGCAUAAAGGAAGAAGAAAGUGCCAUAUUGAUGGCUCGUGGCAACAAGUACUAUGAAUAGUGAAUGGUAUUACUUUAAAUAGUAGAUGCAAUCAGUGGCCAGAUGCCUGCUGAGAGCAGAGCAAUACGGAUAAUGUCUUCACACUUGGAAAAUGAUUAUGGGUGAUAAGUGGGUCUAAAUGACCCUGGAGGACCCAGAAACUACCCUCCGAGACGCUCGGGAGCCAGAGCGGUCUUUAAGUAGAUAGAAACGAAAAGCUUCACACAUGGAAUCCAUGUGGCGCAAUGAGGGUGGUACAAGAACUGAUGGGCCAGGAGAACCCCUACUUCUCCAGUUGGAGUAAAAGCGGAUACUCAAAGAUUGGGAACGCAAGAUUACAGGAAGUGAUUUCGAGAGGGUUACGGGCGCUCUUGGCCCGCUACACCGGUAUCUGCUGGGAAACACUUAUUAGUGCAAUCCGUUUUCUGAGCAACGACAUCCUGACCCUCGUGAACAUCGGCAAGAGCAUGGCGCUAGCGAUGGAGAAAAGCGCGAAACUGAACAAAGGGGCGAACCUUCCUGAAAAGGAAAUCUUGACGGCAACAACUUGGUUGCAUCCAUUCAACUUCAAUACACAAAGGCAUAAACUACAUCACACUCCUCCCUUGAUCCCCUCAUCUUUUUGCCCUCAUGCGUUGCGAGCUAAGAUGACAACCCUCCUCCAUACCCCUACCGACCUUCCCGCAAUGCCUUUCGACACCCAGCUGGUACGACGCAAGUCAUCCGCCGUAUCCACGUCGUCUACAGCCACGAACUGCUCUGCCAGACGGGCUUCAAUAGUAUCUUUAAGUCUAAUGAACCACUCCCGGCAACCAUUAGCGCCUCUUGGUCCUCAGAUGACUCCUGCCUACGCCUUCGCAAAUACCCCGUCUACCUGCGAUCCUCCGGCAGAUGGCAAACGACGAUCGAGACAGUCUCUUAGUGAAGAAAGUCAACUAAAACCUGGUGCUGCAUUAGACAGCUCCAAUCAGGCUCCUCGGAGAGCUAGUGGCUCAACUGAUGGACGUCUCAUCUCCACCCCUGCACGCCUCCAAGCAGCAUACAGCGCAAGAAGGGGGAGCCUUCCUAUCCUCUCUAUACCCAACCAAGUGGCUUCGCUUCCGAACUCGGUUCCUAGUCCGUCCAUGCCAUUGAAGCCGCCAGGCGAUAAUGGGCUAUUCAACCAACUGCAAUCAUAUGUCCUUAGCAGUUCAAAGCGCCCAAAAGAAGAUAAUUCUCGAAUACAGACUCCUCCCUCUCCGAAGGCCUCGUUGAUUACAAGGAAAGGGCGCAGACCUGAAGUGGAGGAAAUGCGAAAGGAGACACGGGACUCCUCCGACGAAGAAGAGAUUGCCCGGCAACUUGAACGUGCAAAGCUACGCGCAAUAGACGAUGGAAGCAGACGACCGAGCUUACCUAUUAACAUUCCUCCUUCUCAAAACAGCGUCUCGGUCGAGCGCAAGAAUGAGAUUGCCGCUACCCUUGCAGCAGCUCCAAAAACCCUCCCCGAAGUCCCUUCAUCCGAUCCUGGCCCUUCUAAUGCCCUGGCCAACUUCGAUCUUGACUUCAUCUUCGGUGAACGCGCCUAUCCCAAUGGUCCCCUCGCGAUCCCAUCUGGUGCUUCUGCAUAUGGUGGUGCCCGUCGGAUGUCAGUUUCCCUUGAUACAGGCACGGAUGCACAGGGGUGGACUGACACGUUCGAGCGUUUUGUGAAUCAACAUAUUGGGUUGGAGAGAGCCACGACUCCAACUAUGCAGAUUAUACGCAGGCAUCACCAUCUACACCACGCGCAAAGAAAGCAUCCUUGGUUAUCCGUCGAUUUCCCGUUGUCGACGGGACGUCCGCAAUACCUGGCUCUCCAUCGACUCCUACGAAAGGGUCAUCAAGUGAAGUGCGGAUUCACAUCCACAAGCAUUCACGUGCUCCCGCUUAUUCACUCUUCCUUGGGACUUGGAAUCCAUCGCGAGCUGCCAAAUCUUCCAUUUUACUCGCUGCCAAGAAGGUCCACCUCCACGUUUCGGCCAAGAAGGGCAAGGAGAGGGAAAAGAUAGCCAUGGAUUCAAGUGGUGCCAGCCCGUCACGGCCCCGUGGCACAACUUUUUCUGGCACACAGCGCGCUGUGGUGACAUCUGGGGCUAAUUCUGCCCCAUCUGGAUCAGUUGGUGUGCCGGACGUCACGAUGGCUGAGACAUAUCAACAUGAAAAUCCGCACGAUGAUUUCAAGCUGCCUCGCCGAGCCCCUCCUCCUGGCUA